AUGACAUCAGAAGGGAAUAAAGCUGCUGCACCUAAUGAACCGCUGCCCAUUGAGCCACUCGCAAGCUCUGGUGCAAAGCGUAAGCGUGGUCGUCCAAGGAAGUACGAGUACUCUACAUUUGAACAGCCACACAUGACACAGCCCAUUCAAAGCAUUCCACCUUUUCGCAGUGCGCUGUAUAACCCAAAUAUCCAACAUGAUGGGGUGCAUAUUAACCAUACAUUAGGUGGUACUCUUGACACUAAAAUGCACACAGUUUAUGUGCUGCCUGCACAGCAGACUCAAGGUGAUAGGCCCAGUCGACCUGUAGAGUCUGGUAGCACAGUCAAGUUUCGUGAAAAUCAAGUCUCCAGCAGUAGUAGUGCUCAUCUGCAAGGUAAUUUAGGCAAGGAUGUUAUCAUUGGCAAGCAUUUUGUUGGAAAGAUGACCAAGCAAUGUCCUGGAUUUUCUCUUAUUACGGUGAGAGUGAAGGACAAUCAGGUGCUCAGAGGUUGGAUCCCAGAUGAAACUAACCUACGCCCAAUAACACCGAAGGAUGAUCUUGCCCCUGACCUCCCCAUGCUCCAACCAAGUAAACUUCAAAAGAAAGCAUCUGCAAUCCACAGACAAGCUGCUCCUCCCUUACCAGUCCACUUAGAGAACGUUACAAUUGCAAAGCCUCUUCAGAUGAGGAGGCCUGUGGAGACAUCUACCACUAAGCACAUCAUCCCUCCUGCUCGAAGACCUUACGUUGGUUCUGGGGUUGUUGCAGCAGCACCUGUUUCGGUUAUAUCUGGGAAUGUAUCAAGGCCUUUGCCCAAGCAAGACACUGGAUAUUUGAGCCAAGAACCAUCAGCUACUGUGGUGCCAGUCACAGUUAAACCUGCCCAGCCUGUAUUAGUAUCAUGCAGACAUGUGGAUCAAGAUGUGCAUGUUGAAGGAAAAUCUGUCCCUGAGUUUAACACUGAUUCUGAAUCUUCAAGUGGAAGCAAGGAGUCAUCAGGCCAAACUCCGCGUGGUUUUCCAGCUGCCAUGGAUGAGACUGAGAUAACAUCAGGCUCCAAGGAACACUCAAAUACUGCUAAUAGCGACCAACAUAUUUGUAAGGAACCAUCAGAUAACCCAGAACUGUCUGAUGAACCAAAGACAGAAUCUAGCAUCCUGAAAGGAGUUGAUGGCUCAACGACAGAAGCCUCAGGAACUACACCAGCGGCAGAGGCCUCAAGUGCAACUCCUAAUCCCCUAGAUGAUGUUCAGUCUGCUGUUAAGGAAGACGAACUGAAGGUUGACAGCAAAGAAAGCAGGCUGACAACGACGACAUAG